AACUUAAAAAAAGCAAAACAUCUAAUUUUAUCACACAGAAAAACAAAAUAUUUUUUAAACAAUCUCUUAUUAUUUUACUAAAACAAAUUUAUAUUGAACCUCUUUAAUGGACAAUAAUACUGAAUAUAGCAUCGUAUUACACAUUAUUGAAGGAAUUCGUUUGAAUAUAAACAACAAUGAUUUAAUAUUAACUGCUACUUUAAAUGGUGUUAAAUUCGAAAUUAUUGGUCAUAAUUCAGAAAAUGUAACAAUAUUCAAUAGCAAAUGCAUUUGGGAAUGCAUGUUAGAUGAUUUGAAAAGAAUGAAGACAGAUAAUCGUCCGAUCAAAAUUGAAUGCUUCCACAAAACAAACCUAAGCGACAAUGAAACGAGGAAAGCUAUUGGAUUCAUUCUGCUACCCAUGCGCACUUUACAAAUGGUCAAGACGCCCAAGAAUCUUCAGAUAAAACUUCAUUGGUAUAAACUAUGUGGUUUGUCACACGAUUGGCGGCAUUCGAAGCCAGAAAUUUACUUAUCAGCUAUUAUAACCACUAAAGAACUUAUCGAAGCCGAGAAGUUGGAGGACUUUAUGGAUCCUAAACCCAUCGAAAGUUCAGACUCAAUUUAUAUUAAACCCACGGAAACAUCGCUUAUGCUGAAGUCCCAAGCCGGAAUAUACGUGAAUCUGCUUGAAAAUGAAUGUCGCAUACAAGUUGGAAACAGUCCAUUAGAUGUUGAUACAUUUUUUCUUACCAUUACUCUCAAAAAUGCCAAGCAUCUGGAAGAAUUGGUUGUAGGUAUUGCAAAUCCAGUGUUUCGCCUUCAUUACGACAUCUUAGGCUGUCCUACGGACUUGAUUCUUGUGGAAAACUCAGACGGAAUUUAUAAUAUCAACGAAAAGAUCACUAUAAAUUUCAAAUCAUCUCUUGAGAGUUUAAAGGAUUAUUUAAGGCGGGUUUUCUACAUACCCAUCGAUUUGUACUACAAUGAAAAUAUUAUAGGAAACUACACAUUCAAGUUAGUUAAUCUUUUGCCAUCUUCUCUGGAAUUGUUGGAACGAAGUGACCUGUGGGAAGUGAAAGAAUCAUUCUCCUUUGUGACAGUUUUUGAUAUUCUCGAAACUUCUGCUCGACCUGUGGUAGACUAUGUCUUCUGUGUGACAUACAUUCCAGCCGUGAAACUUCUAAGUCCACGAUUGCCGGUAGUAAUUGAUAAAAAAGCACGGGGUGAUAUGGGCGAUAGAGACGACUAUAUUGAACUUCCCCCAAAUACGGACGUAAAUCUCAAGAAGUCUCAAACCGGAGCUCAAAUUCAAAGUCUUACAAGUAGACAAGUAGACCAAGGAAACGAGCAAAAUCCCAAGUCAAGCAGGUCCGAUUCUUGUGUAAGCUACAAAUUAAAAGCGCAAGAGCCUGCAUUCGAAAACCCUGCUGCCUAUGAAAUUGUCAAUGAGUUAGAAGACUGGAAGAAUAAACAAAUGAGUGAAUUCUUAAUCGAACUCAAACGAAAAGAAGUUUUGCAUUUAAAUCAUUUAUCAAACGAGUGGGAACGUCAGAGAAAAGAAUUGGCUAAGAAUUUAACUGACAAACUAGACGAAUGCAGUCGAAUGACAGAAUGUCUUGAAAAAACACAAGCUCAAGUUCGUGCCCAAAAAUCAAAACAGCUUGAAGAGGAACGGCAAUUUGAGAGGACCAAGUAUGAGUUAGACAAAAGUUAUACUGUGAAAUUUAUGGAACUAGAAGAAAAGUCAAGGAGAGUCAAAGAUGAGGUGGAUUAUGAAAAACGAUUAAAUGAUUUAAAGUGCAAGGAGUUAUUAAUUGAAAAGAAUAUAAAAAAUGAUGAGUGUAUAAAGCUGCAGGAGAAAGUCAAGCAAUUAGAAGAAGAAAUUAAAGAAUUAAGAAAAAAUUACAUUCCAAAAGAACAAUUUGUUGGAUUGUUAGAUGAUUUGCAGAGACAACAAUCAGAAAGGUUUUCGGAAAUAGAAAAAUCAAAGAACUUCUAUAAGCAGCAAUGGGCCAGAGCAACUAAGGAAGCACAUACUUUGAAACUGAAAUCGCUUAAGUUUCAAGAAGAGAAACUCAAACAGAGCGGAAGUUUUGGCAUUGACAAUAUCAUGCACCUAAGAAAUCUUAUAUUUGAAGAACAUUUCGCCUUGAAAGCUGAUCGAAAUGAAUUGAAAGAUAUAAAAGAAGUCCUUACAUCGGAGUCGGAAUUAGAUGAUUCAAAAAGUAACAGCUAA